AACAUGGCGGCCUGCUGGGUCGCGCUGCUCUCUGUCGGCUCUGACCGUCGCUGUCGGUAACUUCGUCAUGAGCUCGCGGACGGAGCUCUCGAGACCGUUGAAUCGGUAACGGGGUGCUCGUGAACAUGAUGACGACGUGUUUUCAGCGGAUUUCCGCUCCGUUGCGCCGCAGCGCCCCGAGCGUGCGCCGCGCAGCUGUGUGCGGUCUCGAGCCUGCGUCAUGGCGGCUCGCGCACACACCUGUCCCGGAGCGUGCGAGGUGCACGCAGCCGCCGGUGAGCGGCUCGUGCCUGCUGCGGCUCCGGUGGACGGACGGACGGGUCUCGUGCUGGAGCGGGAUCCUGCAGCAGGUGAACCGGACCCACGGGUGCGCGCUACAGUACCGGGGAGGUCACGAGAGGUCGGCGGCGGCGACCAGCUUCCGGUGCGUGUUGACCCCCGGUGCGCGAGGACUAUGCAGCAGCAGCAAGAAGAGCGAGGAGACACCGGAGAGCGGUCCGGUGGAGCAGCGGGGCGACACCGGGGCGGUACCGGGACAGGGACUGUUCAAGUUCAAAGAGCUGUACGAGAACCCGUGGACCAUCCCCAACCUGCUGUGCGUCUGUCGGAUCUUGUUGGCGCCGUUUCUGGGUCACCUGAUCAUCCAGCAGCACUUUCACCUGAGCCUGGCUCUGUUCACGCUGGCCGGAGCCACCGACCUGGUGAGACACACCUGCAGCCUGACGCUGACACACCUGUUGUCACAACCGUCGUUCUGUGUUUCAGCUCCACUGACGGCGCUGGUGAUUUUCAGAGACAUCGGUCUGAUCGCUGCCGUCUUCUGGGUCCGAUACAAGACUGUUCCUCCACCGGUGACCCUCAGUAAGUUCUUCAACCCCUGCUACACCACCGCUCAGCUCAAGCCUACACUCUUCAGCAAGGUGAACACAGCCAUCCAGCUCUUUCUGGUCGCAGCUUCUCUGGCUGCUCCGGUCUUCCAGUACACAGACAGCGUCCUGCUGCAGUGCUUAUGGUACGUCACCGCGGUGACGACGGCCGCCUCCGGCUACAGCUACUGGCACUACGGACGGAAGACGGUGGAGGUUCUGAACAAGACGCCGUGAUCGUCGGCGGCACAGCGAAAGCAGCAAACAGACACUGAUCAGCUGCAGCCAACAGAGGACGGACAGACGGACGCCAGGAGCUCGAAACCAAGUAGCUGUGACGGCCAUUUAUGAGUCGCCAUGGCGAUGACACGCAGCGAGGCCGCAGAUGGUUUGAACGACACUACGGCAGCAGAUCUGCCACCGGGCAGGUCCACAAACAGACACAGACCGUCCGCCCACGCUCACCCUCCAACUGUCCACAGAGCUUCUAUUUUCUCUCGCAGCUUUUCAAUCAGGAGGUCGCAGCGUCCACCUAAUCAUCGAUUGUCAGUUUUGUAAGCCAAUGAUUUCUGAUUAAAAAAGAAAAUCUGCUUCGGUU